UGUGAGUUUUAGGUGUGAACCUGUAAACUACAAACACUCCAACCACCUAGCACCCCGAGUGUGAAUCACGUGGUGGGUCGUGAACUAACCUUAGUUUUGGUGUGAGGUGUCAAAUCAAUCUACAUAAAGUUUAAAAUUGACUUUAAUUUGAGUUUUAUCUCGCUGAGUAUUUAUUACUGAUUAUAGAAGAAAUCCCAAGAAUAUAGUCUGAAAAUCCUUAUGAUGCCAGAAGUUGGGCAAACUGUUCCAGCUCCUUUCACUUGUGUAUCAUGCAGAGUGGCGUUUGAAGAUUCGAAUUUACAAAGAGCCCACUACAAAUCAGAUUGGCAUCGAUAUAACUUAAAAAGAAAAGUGGCUGAAUUCCCACCAGUCACUGAGGAAGAUUUUCAACGUAGAUCAAGUAGUCAGCGCACUACUACUAUUGCCAAAAGGCCCACUGAAACUAAACAUGUGUAUUGUGAUGCUUGUCACAAAUCUUUUGGUAGUCAGAAUGCGUACGAUAAUCAUUUAAACUCGAAAAAACACAAGGAUAAUCUUGAUAAGACAUCUACACAAAAGUCUUUAUAUAAGGAUUUGAAAGCAAAUCCGCAUUCUAAUAGCAUUUGUGAGUCAGACUCUGAUAUAGAAGAACUAGAUUCUGAUGAAUGGGAAGACGAAUCAGAAAAUCCUAUUGAUAACAAUGAUUGCAUCUUCUGUGGCCAUCACAGUAAAAAUUUCAUCAAAAAUUUAGAGCAUAUGACUGUAGUCCAUUCUUUUUUUAUUCCGGAUAUAGAGUACUGCACAGAUGUUAUGGGAUUGUUAAGGUAUUUAGGAGAAAAGGUUUCUGACGGCUUCAUGUGUCUGUGGUGUAAUGAAAAAGGCAGGACAUUCCACUCUGCUGAGGCAGCAAGGCAACAUAUGGUUGACAAAGGACAUUGCAAAAUGAUUCAUGAGGGUGAAGCAUUGGCAGAAUAUGCAGAUUUCUAUGAUUAUAGUUCUUCAUAUCCAGAUGCCACUAAUGAUGAAGUAGAUGUAGAUGGCGAGGUUGAUGUUCCUGAACUUGAUGGAGGUGAUUACCAACUGGUGUUACCAUCAGGAGCUAAGAUAGGGCACAGGAGUCUAUUUAGGUACUACAGGCAAAGCUUCAACCCAAAUAGGACCCUUGUUCCUAGCAAGAAUAGUCGAAAGCUGCAUAAAGUUCUAGCUACUUAUAGAGCAUUGGGUUGGAGUGAGACAGAACAAGCUGCAGCUGCAAGGUUUGUCAUUUUCAUCAUGUUUUGUCAUUCAGAAUGUCAGGCUCAUCAGCGCCACCUUGAAGAGAUUCAUCUUGAACAGAAGUUACUCAGGAUCUGAUUUUUUUUAAGCCAGUUAAUAAGAAUCUGUUAGGCAACAAUCAAUUUAAUCUGGGCAUUCUAACAUCAUUAUAUAGAUGCAAGAAUAAAAAAUAAAUAUAUUUGACCUCUAUAUCCUACAAGUAUCACAUUUCUUGUUGGAUUUUCAACAAAAAUAUCCAACAUCGUACAUUAUGAUACUUUCCCUGCUAUAUUUCCAGAAUUUCACUACUAUUUUGCACUUUCUUAUUCACAGGAAAGCCAGAGAUAUACAUUAUAUGAAAAGAAUACAAGCCAAGCAUAGGGUGAAAAUGGGAAUAAAACACAAUGAUGUAUUACAGAAACAUUUUAGAAGGCAGGUUCAGUUUUAGAAUGUAUCUGUGGUGUCUGUUUUUAAAAUACAUUAUUCAUUUAUUUAA